AUGCGUUUCUUCCUCCAAACGCUUGUUGCACUUGCAACCUCGGUCAGCGCUACCGGCAUUGCAGUCAUUCUCAACAAUUCCCCGAGGCCAAUCUAUGUGUGGUCGGUUGGCGCUUCCAUCGGGCCUCGCCGCGACAUCAAGGCUGGCGGCAUCUACUGGGAAGAGAUGCGCCGCGACGACAUGACCGGGGGGGUUGCCAUCAAAGUGACAAAGAGCGCCGACGGCCUCUACUCUGGCGCCCCUCAGCAGGUCUUUGCGUACAAUCUGGACGGCGCCACCGUUUGGUACGAUUUGAGCACUGUGUUUGGCGAGCCGUUUGCCGGGUAUCGGCUCGAGGUUGUCGGUGACCAUGGAGGGACCAUUCUGUGGCCCAAUGGAACGCAUCCGGGGGGAUCCCAAGUCAAGACGGCCCCCAGCGAGGGAAACGUGUUUUUCUCAAUCGAUCCCCGGGCAUGA